AUAAUCCAUCCGAAGAUGCAACUGUUGAAUGUUCACUAUGAUCAACCGAAAAUUUUUCUACAAUAAUUAUCUUAUAUUUAUGGAACUUUCGAAUUUUUUUAUGUGUUGUUGAGUUCUGUUUCAAUCUUGUUUGUGCCCAGUGACUUAUUGUAUCUUUUGACUUUUUGUGUUUUUGAUUGUGUAUAAAGACUAAAAAUGGCCGACUUCACUAAACGACAAUGGCUGACGUUGAUUGUUAUUGGAAUUGCUGAUUUUUGCAACGCAAUUUGUGUUUCGCUCCAAGCUCCAUUCUAUCCUCAAGAAGCUGAGAAAAAAGGAUGCACUGCAACUGAAUAUGGAUUCGUUUUUGGAGUAUUCGAGUUGGUAGUUUUUAUCAUAAGCCCAAUUUAUGGUCAACACCUCAAUAGGAUCGGAGCUAAAGUAACUUUUAACGCUGGUAUAUAUACGACUGGAAUUUGUGCAAUUUUAUUUGGCCUUCUUGACAGAAUACAUGGACAUACUCCUUUCAUAGUUCUUAGUUUCACCAUAAGAAUAAUAGAGGCUUUGGGAAAUGCCGCAUUUCUCACAGCCAGUUUUGCAAUCAUAGCCAAAGAAUUCCCCAACAAUGUGGCAAUCACUUUUGCAUCUUUGGAAACAUGUUUCGGUUUCGGAUUAAUUGUUGGUCCGACAGUUGGGGGAGCCUUAUUCCAACUUGGAGGCUAUACCCUGCCAUUUGCUGUUAUGGGAUCAGCUUUAUUCGCCUCUGCUGUUUUGACCGCCUUUGUCCUGCCUAAAUACGAGGAAGGAGUGGACAGAGAAACACCACAAUCGAUGACGACUGUUUUGAAAAUUCCUGGGGUCCUGCUAGCCACGUGUAGUAUCAUAGUAACGAGCAUGUCGAUUGGAUUCCUACAAGCAACCUUGGAGCCACAUCUCCGCCAGUUCUUGCUGUCUCCGAUGAUUUUGGGGGUGAUGUUCGUCAUCAACGGAGGAACCUACGCCCUUACCUCAACAGUUUUCGGGUGGUUGUGCGACUCCUUCAUGCAUCCGAAAUACGUAACCAUGCUGGGUUGUCUCUUCGUGGCAGCAGGUUUUUGUCUGAUAGGUCCAGCACCUUUCAUUCCGUACGAAACAACCCUCUGGAUGACGAUAGUUGGACUUGUCCUGCAUGGUUUAGGGAUGGGCUCUCAGUUGGUGGCAUCAUUUUCUGAUGCUCUCAGGACGAGUAUUGCCAAUGGACUUCCUAACAACAUCGAGACCUAUGGUUUGGUCUCUGGGCUAUGGACGAGCACCUUCGCGCUUGGAGCCUUCAUAGGACCCUCCAUCAGUGGAAUACUAUAUGAUAGUGUAGGUUUUCGCCAGGCCAGUAUGUUUAUUGUAGGGGUACACCUGAUCGUUGCCUUGAUGGUAGCAGUCUUCAUGGUAAUCCAACGUUCCAAACCUAAUUAUGUCGAGUUGAAAGACGAGAAAUUGGUACCGAGCAUGGAUGAUUCGACAACGAGAGGAAAAUCCAUGCCAGCUAACAUUACAGAUAGCGUGAAGAGCCUUAGGAGCAUCGUGAACGGAAUUUCAAUCGAGCAAAGCAGACCACCAGCAAUGAACAGCUUGAUAGCAUGCAACAGCUACAAGAGCAAAGCUUGGCCUACAAGAGAUUUGGGCAGUUUAACCCUAGGUCCGUACAGCCGCAGCUAUGGAACGGUCGAUGCCAGAGAGAGGAACGAAAAUGCUACAUCGUACCUGCAGGGUGUCGCUUGAGGAAGGGGUGGACUAGCUCUUUUCCCCAAUUUUAAAUUAUGAAAAUGAAUCAGUUUUUACUACUUUGAAAGUUCGAACAACUCGAUUUCAGUUUCUGACUACAUGUUGGAAAGUACUUUGAUAUGUGGAUAUAGAUUUUACAUAGUAACACUCCGAAUAAAUCUAGAAGUGUA